CUCAAUUUGUGUUUUGCUCCGGUCUCUUUUAUCAAAUUUUCUCUGCGGAAAAACUCAUAUUCCUUUGUACAACUAAGAGUAAUUGGCAAAUCUACUUGUUCAAUUUCGCUGCUCUUGUCUAAGAAUCUGGUAAUGUUGUCGUCUUUAAUCUCGGAAUAAUACUUUCCGUUCACGCCCGGCCUUGGCACGAAUUGAAUCGGAGGAAUUGCGGGUAGAGUUGUGCUGAGUUUCAAAGAAACCUCUGAGGAAGUAGCGCCACCUUCGAUUGCUCUCAUUCCGGCCCCUGCGUUCCUUGCCUCUAUUCCGAAAAGGUAAAAUGGGUUUGUGGACACUACUUGAGGGCUUCCUCCUCCUUGCAAAUGCACUAGCGAUACUAAACGAGGACCGGUUCCUUGCGCCUAGAGGAUGGAGCUUCUCGGAAUUCUCAGGGGGCAAGGCAAAGUCUUUAAAGGGACAGAUUAUAGGCCUCAUUUACGCAACGCAGUACUUAAGAGUUCCUCUCAUACUGCUGAACUCCAUCUUUAUUGUUGUGAAGUUGGUUUCCGGAUAAUGCUGUUUGAGGGCAUAUGAUUUAUAUGUUUUGUGUAUUCUAAAUUGUUCCAAGACUAAUGAAGGCUCACCAGAUUGAUCAGCAUUCAGCACAAAGAAAUCUCUCUCUCAGUCUCUCUCACAAAUCCUAACUUCUUGUUGGAAAGCUCAGAGAUCAGAUUUGUAAGUGUAUGAUUGUAUAGGAGUUUUUUUACUUCGUGUUUAUAGAUCUAAUUAAGCCUUUUUAAGUUGUCAACUUAAUAAUCAACUGCGAAUUUGGCAUUCCUACUUAUGGAUUCCAAGGCAAAUGUUUAUGUUUGUACGAUUAUGAGACUCCAUAAAAACAAGAACAUGAGGUUUGUAAAGCGUAUUUCAUUUUUAAACUAAA